CUCGUGAAGGCACUAAACACACAAAACACAUACAAUGUCAAAAAUAUAUCAAUAUUGGUGAGGUUUUCAAUGGCUUCUAGCUACACCUUGAAGUGAACAAAAGCAAUACUACUAGCAUUUCCUCACUUUCUUAAAAACUAGUUUUAUGUCCUUUUUUCUACUAUACAUAUUAACACUCGUGUAACUUUAUGCCUAAUCCUCCUAUUUUUAUAAUAAAAGUUAUAUAUUUUUUCUUUUAAUCUUGAUGAGUGGUUCUAUUUUUUUUCCUGGUGAGAAAAAGCAGCAGGGUCUUCUGCUAAAACUGAGAACACUAUGUUCAACAUCUCCCAUCGUGUUUCGAGCUUUUUAGCUACUUGAUAUUUUCAUAAUAUUACCCAACAAAAAGGGUUUUUUUCUAUUUGUGGAAAACAGCUAAAAAGCUGUAAAAUGAACUUUUACUAAUAUAUUAUUGCAGCUGCAGCUACUAUUUUUUCCGUUUCUUGCAAGUAUCGGAUCGGAUUCUAAAAGUGUGAACUGUUUUAUGGAGAAGAACUGUGGGAGAAGAGAAGGUAUAAAUCAAAUAGGAUGUAUGUGGGUGUUCAUCAGCAUCUUUGGAUCUAACCAGAAGCGUCUCUUGAUGGAUAUGAAGCGUACUAGCAAAAGAUUUGCAGGUAGUGAUGAGAAGAAGCAGCUGACCUGUUCUUCUGAGAGCUCUCAUGAGAGUGUUGAGAAAAUCAUGGAUGUUUCUAUUGCUGGUGAUGAACAUGUAGAGACUAAGGUCUGUGAAGAAAAGUUCAGUGAGAUGAUCAAGCUGUUGAUAGCUCAGAAAGAAGGAGAGAUCCAAACCUGCAAGGACUUGUUGGAGGCUUUUCAUGUUUUGGGUUCUGGAGAAGAAUCACUAGUCCUCAAGAAGGUUUCACAUGAAGAUGCUCAAAGCUUGGGAGAGUCCAAGAGAGUAGUAGAAGAGGAAGAAGAAGAAAAGCCUGAAGCAGUCUCAAAACAAGAGGCUGUGGUGUUACCAAAGAGGAAAUGUACAUUCUUUGGAAGGAGAUGGAGAUCAGAAGAGAGAAGAAACAAAACAUCUCAAGUUGUUGUUUUGAAACCUGCUCCAAAUAGUUUGGAUGUUGAUUCUUCAUCAAGAAACAAGUCCAAAACAGGAAGAACCUUUUCUAGGUUUCUUAUCGGUUUAAUCAAAAGAAGACUACACUCUGCCGUUGGUAAGAAGUCAUGUGAUGUUCUUGUUGAUAGGAGCCAAAACUGUUAUGUGCCAGAAGAGAUACAGAGCAAUGAAGAGGCUGAUAAAGAGGAUACUGGCCACAGAAGCGAAGAAGAUUCAAAGAAGACUCUGUCCGGCUUGUAUAUUGCAGCUAGAAAACACUUGUCUGAAAUGCUUGCAAAUGGAGAUAUAGAUGAGAGUUUAUCAGAUAAGGAAGUACCAAGAAUCCUAGGGAAGAUUCUUUCUCUCCCCGAGUUCUCAUCACCAGUAGAUAGCCCUAGACUGAUCCCUCCGCAUGGUUUGGUUAGGCCUCUAAGCCAAGCAACCGAGAAACCAAAGACUCUGCAUUGCGGUUCAUGUACAGAUGGUCUUACUGAUGAAGAUUCAGACAAAGAUGAUGGAAUAUUGUUUACCAUCAAUGUCUCUGUCCCCAAAGACCAUGCGAAGGAAGCUGAGAAGACAGAGACAGAACCAUUAUCUGAAACUAGCAGCUCUUCCAUCACACAACAGGUCGAAGAUGUUAAUGAAGAUGUGCUUGAAUGUCGUGAAGAAGACAGAGAUAAUCAGCAAGCAUCUAAUAAGGGAAUGUUCAAUCAAGCGUGUUCUUCUCCUCCAGAAUCUCCACCAAGUUCUUCAGUUAGGAUAACUGAAUGCAAAGAAACUGCCACUGAUGUGCAAAGCAAGUUAAGUCCAGUCUCUGUCCUCGAACCUCUGCUUACAGAUGAUGAGAGUAGCACAACAACAAGGACAAGGUUCAGUUCAGGUGAAGUAAGGAUACAGCCACUCUGUAUAAGAUUCGAUGAAGCUGAUGAUUCUCCAAAACAAGACAAAGCCAACAAUCUCAAAACAAGCAUGGAUGACAAGAAGUUGAUACUUGCAUACAUUGAAGCCGUUGUGAAAUCCUCAGGGUUGAGCUGGGAAGAGCUUUUGAAGAAGCCCUUUUACACAGAACAGCUUCUUGAGCCUGAGUUAGCAGAUGACAUAGUCUUCUGUUCUACACAGCUCUGCGAUGAUAAGAAUCUCCUUGACGACUGUAUCAAUGAAGUUCUUAUGGACUUCUGUGUGAAUGAACUGAAUCCAGGGCCUUGGAUUCCGUUCCUGAAACCUGAACUCCAGCUAAUCUCAGACAUGGAGAUCGCAGCUAAAGUGGCACAAGCAGGGGUUUACAGGCAUCUCCUACCUUUGCCAUCCCCUCACACUUUAGACCAGAUGGUGAAGAAAGACAUGGCUAGAACAGGUAGCUGGAUGGAUCUCAGGUUUGAUAUUGGCUGGAUUGGUUCCGGCACAAGUGAAAUGAUCCUUGAUGAUCUAGUGGAAGAGAUCAUCAGAAGCUGCAGAGAGAGAGAUGCAGCUGAACCAAUGCAGGAACAGAACAGUAACAACCUAUGAUGAGGAGUCUCUUUGUUUAGUUAGUCCUUUCAUGUACAGUUCACUUUCAAUACUCUGUUUUUGCUUUCUAGUGGCUUAUGUAGUUUACUCAGCCAAGAGAGUUUUGUAUGAGUAUAAACUAUAGUAUUGGUAAUAACACGAGGCUUGAACUUUUAAAUAAAACAAAGAUUAUGCUUA